AGGACACGAUUCCGGGUGUGUCAGCAUCAGGAUUGUCACGGUUGAAUCUACGCUGAGAAAAAGGCUAGAAACGCAAGAAAGACUGAACAAGCCGGAGGGCGAUCGAGCCUAAAAACAGUUACACGCAGCACAUAAUUCGAUUGUCCCGAUUUAUAAUAUUAGCACUUUGUAUUAUAUAUUAGCACUUUUACUUUCCCAAACCCCCUUACUGUACGGUGUACUUCUACAAAAUUGCGUAUGCCAGAUAUAAGUAAUACGCAUUAUAUGCUUAGAAAAAGGGAAAGCUAAGAAAAAGAGCAAAAGAGAUAGAAGGAAGGAAUCUAUCGUAUAUAACAUAGAGUUGUUGAAAGGAACAGAAAAAAAAAUGAACGAAACAUGUCCAUUUUAUACCGUUUCUAAUACGUUUCUAUCUGCAAUAGUUUUUAGGCAUAGCUUGAAUAGUAUUUAUCAGAAACUAAUUAUUGUUAGAAUGAAAAGAAUGAAGGCGAGAAUGAGAGAGAGGGGGGGUGUGUGUUUGUUAUACGGAGAUGUCGGUGAGGAAAGUACAAGAUUUAUUAAUCGAAAAGGAUCCUAAUGAUGAGAACAAUCUUGAAAAUGUUGCAGAACUCGUCUUGUUUAUACAAGUUAUAGGAAUCUUAUUGUAUUGCGGAUGAGCGACAUGAUUUAAUAUUGUGAUUUGUUACGGUAACAAGAAGGAAAUGUGCGUCAUAUCCAAUAAAUUCGAAACAGAACGUGAUUAAAUAUUACAUAAAUAAUAAGGCGAUAUAUGUCGAUCGAUUCUUUUUUUAAUUAUCGUGCGGUAAUUGUAAUGAUCGUCAUCUCGGUGGUGAUCUAAACGGUAACGAUAGUAGAGUUCCUACGGAGGAAGUACCGAUGCUGACGCCCACCGUCUCGACGCCGACUACAAGCAGUAGCCGGAGGAAGGGACCACAUAGCGAGCAGACUUGUUUGUGAACGAUGAGAAAUUUUUUGAAGCGGAGCUUUUGUACGAUGUCUUAAUCUGCGGUUUUGUAAUUUCCUUAUAAUAAAUUCACAUACGAAUUUCACACGCUAACAAAAUGUGUUUUAUCGUCUACGUCUUCGAUUUAAAGCGUUUGGUCCGUCCGUGACCCAUCGAAUGUAUUUCCGCGUUUUCGGUACAUAAGAUCUCGAGAAGACGAACAAACAGUCGAAACCCAACUUUUAAAGAGCUUGCAAGAAUCUUGUAAAAUUCUUAUAAGAUUCUUACAAGAAUAGAUCUUAACAAUAUCAAGAAAAGAAAAUUUUGCACGUCUUUUCGUACUCUCGAAGAAUUAAAUCACUAUUCAUUGAAUCGAUUUGGAGCUGAUGAAUUUUAUUUUUGUAAAUAAAUACUUAAUGCUUCGUGUUUACCGACUGUAUCUGCGACCAUAUGUUACAGAAACGAUAUUUUUUAUCUUGCGUGUGCUUCGAGAAGGCUCGAGUUCGUGUAUAAAAUGUUUGCGUGUAAAACGUAAGGUACGUGCGUGAUACAUGUGUAACUUUUUUCCAGCAACAAGAAUUUAUGAACGCUCUCGUGCUCACGAUUUUGUACUUUAUGAGAAAAAAGCUCGAGUGAUCUAGGAAUCACUAGUUUGUCAGAAAUAUGCACAAGCGACAUUGCGACAUAAUCUUUUGAAUUUUGAGUUUAGAGAAAAAUAUCAAUUUAAUGUGACAGAUUAAAAAUACGUCACUCUUGUUAGUGAUUUAGAUAAGCCAUAUUCGUACGUUCAGAUAAAAUUAAAUGCACGUUAGAAAUUAUGCAUUUUUUGUUAUUCGAAAUCAGCAGCACGAUCUUUCCCCUCUCCGAUUUUGCGUGGAUCAAUAGAUUUUCUUUCUGUAUUCUUAGUUAAGUCGAGUUAUUUAAUUUGCAGUGAUGAUGUUCGACGUACUUUUCAUAUUAUUUUGUAAUACUUGUAUGUAUGUCAUACGCAUAAUAAUAAUAAUCGUAUUGUGUAUGUAGUAGUGACGUUGAUGACUUUGUAGCGUCGUCGGGCACAUGGUGGAAGUAUACUUCCACCAUGGUUGGGCACUCAAUUCUUUUUUCGACAUCCUUUCAGAGUUUGCCGUUGCCCUUUGCUAAAAUUGAAGUUUUAAUUAUGAAUAAUUUAUAUACACGAACGCUAUGAAAUAAAGGGUUUUGUAAAUUUAUACCCACGACGACGUAUUUAAUUUCUGUAAAUAUUUCGCAUAUAAUUUUGAGCUAGCGUGAAGUUAUUUUACUUUUUUUUUGUAUGCGAUAUACUUUGAAAUGACAGAGAUUGAAUUCUAGACAAUUUCAGCGCUUAAUUAGAGUGCACAGAAGGGAUUAACCUUGCCAUCUUGUAAUUAUCUACGAUAUUGAAAAUAAGAGAAUGCAUCAAACACGAACUUUUCUAUGUCGGAUGACGAGUCGAUUGAUGAGGUACAACAGUAAUGUGAAGGUUUUCGUACGAAUUCUACAACUUGAAAAAUCGUGCGAUUCUUGCGCAAAGAUCAGUACGGAUGGUAAGACAAUAUAUGUGAGAUGGUUGCAAGAUAUGCAACGAAACAAACAGUCGGAACAUCCUAUUUAUUGGGCCUUCCAUAUUGAUGGGAUAUUUCAUGAGAUGUCCCAGAAUAAGGUGUACUGUGCUACUGCGAAAGAUCUCGUAGAAAAAGCUUUAAACGGUGUAAAUUGCGUACUGGUCGGCUAUGGACAAACAGGAUCCGGAAAAAGUUUCACGAUUGGCAAUCUCGGAAAUAAUUUGGAACAUAGAGGAAUAGUCUCGCGACUUUUAUCCGACGUGUUUAUGGAAAAGGCGAACCGAAGAAAAAUUAGUGACAUACGUUAUCGUUUAAGUUUCAUCGAGUUAAGAGGUAAAAACGUAGUCUUCUGACGCAAAAAUGAAGGAUUUAAGAAAAAUUACGAGUUUGUUUUUACGGAUCAAUAUUGGAUACAUAUCGUAGAGAUGGCUGGAACUGGUACGGUAGGAAAAUCGAGUCACUGGAAAACAGCAGUCGAUUUAGGUAUGGCGAAUUUAAUAAAAAUACAGCUGGAACAAUAUUUCCUGCAUCUUAGAAAACCAAGUAUGUGCACAUAUAGCGUUAUUCGCUCAAGUAAUUUGCUGAAGCUACUAAGAGAUGCGUUUACUGUCACAUCAAUCAUUCGCUUCAUAUCUCACGUGUGCAUCACGAAAGAAGAUCUCAAAAUCACUUUGUCGACCAUACGACUGACUGCUAAAAUCGCAAAACUGAAACCGAUCAAGACGAUACGUGACAUCCAGCCACGGACAGAAUUAAUCGUGCAGCAAUUACGAGAGCAAGUAAACAUAUUGAAGAAGGAAUUAGAGUUGAAUGAUAUGUUUUUACAUCAAGAGAUACUACCAAACAUCUCAAAAUCUAGACUCGAGCAGAUCAGCCGAGACGUUAUAAAUUUUUUAUUCACUUCAGAAUUAACACUUUUUAAUAUUACUCAGGCACGAAUAUUAGUAAACGUCGUCAAACAAUUAUACGACAAGUUCGUUCCCUUGAUAUUGUGCAUACUUGAUCAGAGUUCUAAUUUAAAUUUAUGUAUCUUAAUUAUAUUUUAA